AUGGGCGAGAAUAUCGCAAAAGAAGAAGCAUUCACAAAAGAGUUCUAUUCUCGACCAUGCCAGACAGACGAUUUUUUGAUGAUUGAAAGAGUUCAGCAAAUUCUAAACGAUAAGAAUCAGAAGCCACAAUGCAGCUCUCCUACUUCAUGGACAGUCUGCGAAAAGGUCGCAAUGUUCGAAAGCCUUAACACGCAAACUGGAUCAGAAAAUGACUGGCUCAUCCCUGAUUACCCAAGGAGAUUCUCAUUCUCCUCAGAUUGCUCCUCCUCGAAGAAGAUUGAAUAUUUUGCGACUGAAAGAAAAAAUAACUCACAAUAA